AUCUCCAAACGGGUCCAAACUGAUUCCCUGCCAAAACUAUCAGUGGAUUUCUUCGUUCUUAUCUCCCAUAAUGCCUUAUUCGAUUAUUGUCAAUGCCCUCCGUGCCUGCUCUUCUUCAGUCUCUUAAAACUCUUUAGUUUUUCUACUGAGCGAGUCAGAUGAGGCGCAGCCGCACUGGGGAAGUCGAGUAGGACUGGCGCAAAAGCCUUCUCGUUUUUAGACUAAGCCGUGUGAUCAGCGUUUUGUUCGAUUUUAAAUGAUGGAAUAUGGAAAUUACAACAGUUGACCACGGCUUUGUGGCUGUGGAGUGUUUACGAGGCAUGGCUUUCGUUUUCAAUUGUUUUUUUCUGUCCUGUGUGAGCAAUGUUUGGGGAAAUCAUGUGAAAUCAACGCAAACUGAGAAUAUCUAUUUGGAUAACAUCACGCGUGUAUUGGAUAGAUUACUAGAUGGAUAUGACAACAGACUGCGACCUGGAUUUGGAGGUCCAGUUACUGAGGUCAAAACAGACAUCUUUGUCACAAGCUUUGGUCCAGUGUCAGAUGUUGAGAUGGAGUACACCAUGGAUGUAUUUUUCCGUCAAACGUGGAUUGACGAGAGGUUGAAAUUCGAGGGCCCCAUCGAGAUUCUGCGUCUCAACAACCUCAUGGUCAGCAAGAUCUGGACACCAGACACAUUCUUCCGGAACGGCAAGAGGUCCAUCUCUCACAACAUGACCACUCCCAACAAGCUGUUCCGCAUCAUGCAGAACGGAACUAUCCUCUACACUAUGAGAUUGACGAUAAACGCAGAGUGUCCCAUGAGACUGAUGAACUUCCCCAUGGAUGGCCAUGCCUGUCCUCUCAAGUUUGGUAGCUAUGCCUACCCUAUGAGUGAAAUUGUGUACACAUGGAAAAAAGGACCACUGUUCUCUGUGGAAGUCCCAGAGGAGUCCUCCAGCUUACUACAGUACGAUCUGAUAGGACAGACAGUGUCCAGUGAGAGGUUAAAAUCCAACACUGGUGAAUAUGUAGUCAUGACUGUUCACUUCCACCUGCAAAGGAAGAUGGGCUUCUUCUUGAUUCAGACAUACAUCCCUUGUAUCAUGACCGUGAUCCUGGCUCAGGUCUCUUUUUGGAUCAAUAAGGAAUCGGUUCCUGCACGAACUGUAUUCGGCAUUACCACAGUGCUUACCAUGACCACACUCAGCAUCAGCGCCCGCCACUCUUUGCCCAAAGUCUCUUACGCUACGGCCAUGGACUGGUUCAUCGCUGUGUGUUUCGCCUUCGUCUUCUCAGCCCUCAUUGAGUUUGCCGCAGUCAACUACUUCUCCACGCUGCAGGCCAACCGGGAGCUCCGCAAGGCGGCCUCCAUUAAGGCAGCCCAGGAGGCAGCAGAGGCCGGGAGGGCCGACGGGGAGUCCUCUUCGGACGCCAGCAGUAUGCUGAAGAAGAGGAUGAACUCCACGCCUCACUUUGAGAGGCCAGCGGAGGUGUUCCCUAACCCUCCAGUGAAUGCCCAGGCCUUCCUCCAGCAAGGCUCAGCCGUGCCGUCCAACAACUUACUGACAGGCACCAGCAUCAUAGACAAGUACUCUCGCAUCCUCUUCCCUCUGUCGUUCGGGGCCUUCAACCUGGUGUACUGGAUCGUCUAUCUCACUAAGGACACCAUGGAGAUGACAAGGGACAGCGUGUGAGCCACCUGCAGGAGUGAGCCCCCUCACUGAUCACAUACGCACAUGGACACACACACACACACAUUUUAUUUUUAUGCUGCCUCCAUACAUAAUUUCAGUGUGUGAGGAUUUGAAGGGCUUUGCCAACUCUUGACCUGGGAGCUCAUGUUCACUCAUAGCUUGGUCUCUCAGUCUAUUUAAGAAAGGUAUUCAAUCUCUUUGUCUCUCGCACAUCCCUCUGUGUCUUCCCCCCUGAAGAGACAAUGUGCAUUUGUACUUCUCUUCCAUGUGUAAUGCCCUUUCCCUGUCGCUGCCUGAAUCCGUGGGUCUUUCCAAGAAGUAGCUGAGUGUCUGCCACAGGUCUGGAGGCAGUGGAGGCUCUUUGUCUGUAUGAAAUGACACACGGCUUGGCACCGUCUACACUGGACAGUACUGGAACACACCUGAGGGGAGUAAUGUGUACUGACUGACUGACUCUCUCCUCCCAAUUUCAACAUAGCCAUCUUUCUCUAUUUUUCGGUUCAUUGGUUUAUAUUCACUCAUCUCAUGGAACAUAGGGAUCUUAUUGGUUCCUCAACAAUGUUCCCUCAAAAUAUUUUAGGCACUGAGCAAAUCUCAGGUCUGCUGAGUACAAAAUUGAACAUUGUGAGAAUUCUGUGCAAUUUCCAGCACGCAUUUACUGUGAACACUGAGGCUGUACCCACUUUAAGGUACCGUUUUAAAUUAACAGUGGCCAAAUAGGCUACUGUGGCUAUUUGAUCAUAAUGUAGACCUACCAGAGUGGCCUACCAUCAAAAUCUAUGGAGAACAUACAUCCUAUAACAUUUUAACAUGGAAAUAGCUGUUCUAUCGUUUAGCCUACGGUAGAAGCCAAUUUGUGGUGUUCAAUGUAGGCCUACAUUCCAUGAGACUUUUGAAAAAACAUGCAGGGCUUGACAUUAACAUGUUUAUC